ACCGCAUUUGAGUGUCGGUCGCCGACGGGAAAAGACGACUGUUGACUUUAAGACUAAAAAAGACUUAGUUAAGUGUAUGUGUGUAUUGGUGAUAUGUGUCUUGUGAUUUUUCGCCGGUUUUCAAAGGAAAAUGCUCGAUAAGACUGAAAAUCGGUAACAGCAACAGGAUGUAAGGUGCAAAUAAACAAACAAAAAUACUCGGAAAAUUCUCCAAACCUAUGUGCCACUGUAGAUUAAAGAACAAUUUAAAAGUUUCUAUUUUGUGAUUUAUGAACCAUAGACAACCGUGAUUAGAUAUAGACAAUAGAGUAAACUAGUUUGUUAUGACAUUAUGGAUCUCCACACGUCUUCCUUGGUUGUUCAUGGAUAUGAACCUCACGCACCCCUCUUGGAAGUUGAAGGUAUAGAUCCUCAUAGUCCUCAGCAGAAGGUCCUGAUUCAUGCCCCGCCGAUUCAAAGCCAGGAGUUGAUGAGUACUGACCAUCGAAAUGGAGAGUACGACUUUUCAGAUGAGCAGUAUCACGCCCAUAGCAGUAACCAAAGCGGUGAUGGUCACGGUGGAGUCAAUCAACUAGGCGGAGUAUUCGUGAACGGCAGACCACUACCCGACGUGGUGCGACAGAGGAUAGUGGAGCUUGCACACAGCGGCGUGCGACCAUGCGAUAUCAGUCGGCAGCUUCGAGUCUCGCACGGCUGUGUGUCCAAAAUACUAUCUAGGUACUAUGAGACUGGCAGCUUCAAGGCUGGUGUAAUAGGCGGCUCCAAGCCAAAAGUGGCAACACCUCCCGUGGUGGACGCCAUAGCUGCCUACAAGAGAGAGAACCCCACCAUGUUCGCGUGGGAGAUCCGGGACCGGCUUCUCAGCGAGGGUAUUUGCAGCCAGGAUAAUGUUCCCUCAGUUUCCAGUAUUAAUAGGAUCGUACGUAAUAAGGCAGCGGAGAAGGCGAAACACGCACACAACCAGCAACAACAGCAACAACAAGAACAGGAGAUCAGCUCAGCGCAAGGCAGUGUCGUUUCUGUUAUCACCCAUGCCGGCAAUGCGGGCACAACAGCAGUCCUGUCACCUACAACAGACCAGCACGUAACUAACAGUGGAAGCUACAGCAUCAACGGCAUCCUCGGUAUAGAGCAGGUCGAGAGUCUCCAUAAUGGAAAUCCACUGAAGAGGAAGAGACACGAAGACCAGGAUGAGAAUCGCGACUUCAACAGCCAUUCAGAAGAUGAUAUCAAGAGACAGAGAAGUCAUUACAACGGGGACCAAAUAUAUUCUAACCUCUGGUCGUCAUCGAAGUGGAGUCUCAAGGACGAAUACAAACUACUCUCGGAGCUGGGUGGAGGGACGGGUUACUACGGGGAGUUGUUCGAAGCGCCGUAUGAACACGCGGCCCAUCCGCAUUAUGCACCACAUUCCGCAGCCACUAACGACUCCACAGGAUCCACACCUGGUGCUGGGGAGCCACCUUCGGCAGCAGGCAGCCCUGAUGCUGCUGCCCUGGUCGUGCUACAGCCACCUGCACCCCCAUACCCCCCCUACGCUCACUAUGAUAGUACAGCAACAUUAGCUAGUGAGUACGCUUAUGCCGCACCUUAUACCCAGUACUCUCCGUAUGGUGGUCCGUACUCCCAUUCCACCGCUACUGGUCUACUAACUAAGUGAUAUCAAAGGGCGCCGUGCGAGCAGUAGCCGGCGAACCACAACGAACACAAGUGAUAUGGACACUAGAUAACGUGAUAAUAUAGUUACAAUAUUACAGUAUCCGUUUCGUUUUACUCAAGGUUCUGACACAGACGAUACACAAGGAAACGUUGUAAACCGUUUUGUCAAAAGGUACUUCCCAAGGUCUUUGUUUGGGCUGAUAUUCUACACUAACGUUGAUGUAUGAUAAAGUUUUAAUCACUUAAAUACUACUUGUGAUCAAAAUUAAAAUUAGUAUUAAUCAAUAUUUCAUGGAACUAUAAUACUAAUAUAGUAUUGUCGAUAAAUUGAGCAUUUUUUUUUGUUUAAUUGGAUAUGAUCUUUCGUACGUCUGUGUUAGAAAUUACACAAAUAAUAUGUACAAUUUAAAUUAUCUUUGGUCAGUGACGCUUGCUUUCUCAUUAUCCAUACUCAUUAUUUUAAGUAAAUGUUCGAGAGAGCCAAAGUUACAUGUAAAUAUAAUAUGAUAGUAAUUAUUAUUAUUGUCAUUUAAGUUUACCUCAUUUAAUUUUCCUAAUUAGGUUGGUCACAUACACUUAACUUCACUUCUAUUAUUUUUAUUUUAUUCAAUGCUCAAAAUAUUGUGAAAUAUUCUUGUUAUCUGA